GUUAAAGGUUUGUUUACUCCAGAAUUAACAGCACAGCAUCUAUUCAUCUAUUCAGGUUUUGGAGGAGCUGGUUUCUGCUGGAUGAAGUGCUAUGGGUCGGAACGUCUUAGGUUUGUGGUUUUGCCUCUCUCUGGCAUUCAUUUCCACCUGCGUACAUGGAGAUCUGGAACCUCAGCCUGACACACAAGCUCUGAACAGGAUGAACAGCGAUUUUUCCUUCCGCCUGUACAAAAGUAUUGCGUCUGGUGCUCGGUCUGAGAACGUAUUUUUCUCUCCGCUGAGUGUCUCCAUGGCACUGGCGGCACUCUCCCUAGGAGCGGGUGGUGAGACCCAUCACCAGCUUCUCAGUGGCCUCGGAUUGAACAGCUCUGUCUUUACCUGUGAGGAGAUGCACCAGUCCUUCCUGGAUCUCCUCAAAAACCUUAAUCAAAACACAGAGGUCAAUCUAGAGGUUGGCACUGCUGUCUAUAUCCAUGAAUCCUUUAAGCCUCAUCCUGAAUUUCUGCAGAAGAUGAAGCGAUUCUAUCUUUCCGAUGGUUUUUCUGUCGAUUUUACCAAGACGACUGAAACUGCUGAUCAGAUGAAUGCAUAUGUUAGUGAAAAGACACAUGGAAAAAUUAGCAACUUUAUUAAAGACCUGGAUCCACGUACCAUCAUGUAUCUGCUCAGCUAUAUAUAUUUUAAAGGUAAAUGGGCCACCCAGUUUGACCCUAAGAUGACUAAAAAGGAUGUCUUCCAUGUGGAUGAGGAAACAAAUGUUCCAGUUGAAAUGAUGUACAUGAAGGAUAAGUUUCAAGGCUACUAUGAUAGAGAACUUUCUGCUCACGCCUUGCGUCUGGACUACAAAGACUCGUUCUCCAUGAUAUUGGUUCUCCCUGAUAAAAACCUCACUGCUGUUGAGGAGGCUCUGAGUCUGCAUCACAUUACAAGGUGGAACACGUGGAUGCAGAAACGUGAAUACAAUAUCUAUGUCCCUAAGCUCUCCCUAAAAACAUCAUAUUCUUUGAAGAAUAUUCUGAUUGAAAUGGGAAUGAAGGAUAUGUUCACACCUAAAGCUAACUUAACUGGGAUUUCCGAUCAAAACUUGUUCAUUUCUGAGGCUGUGCAUGAAGCCACUCUAGACGUGGAUGAAGCUGGAGCCACUGCAGCAGCUGUGACUGGAAUAAGCUUCAUGCCUUUGUCUUUUCACUUUACUGAAACACUCAAAUUUAAUCGACCGUUCAUCAUCUUCAUUACUGACCAGAUAACUAAGAACAUUCUUUUCAUGGGAAAAAUUGUGAAUCCAGAAUAUUCUGCAGCAUAAUUAUCAAAUGUCUGUUUACAAAUAUACAGUGCAUCUCAGAUUAUAAAAGACUUUUAAUUGA